AUGGUGUUAGCCGAUUUGGGUAGGAAGAUUAGAAAUGCAAUCGGAAAGCUUGGUCAGGCGACGAUUAUCAAUGAAGAUGAGCUGAAUGCUAUGCUUAAAGAGGUUUGUGCUGCUCUGCUUGAGGCUGAUGUGAACAUACGUUUAGUGAAGCAGCUCAAGGAUAACGUCAAGAAAACUUUAGAUUUUGAUGAUAUGGCAGGGGGCGUGAACAAGCGUCGACUAAUUCAGAGAUGUGUUUUCACUGAGUUGAUGAAAUUAGUUGACCCUGGAGUCAAACCAUUUCAACCGACCAAAGGGAAACCGAACGUUUUCAUGUUCGUAGGUCUCCAAGGUUCUGGAAAAACAACCACUUGUACAAAGCUAGCAUAUUACUAUCUGAAGAAGGGAUGGAAAACAUGCUUAAUCUGUGCAGACACAUUUCGUGCUGGUGCUUUCGACCAGUUGAAGCAGAAUGCCACUAAGGCUAGAAUUCCGUUUUAUGGAAGCUAUUCCGAAGUCGACCCGGUUGUUAUUGCUUCUAAUGGAGUCGAGAAGUUCAAACAGGAAAAUUUUGAAAUAAUAAUAGUGGAUACAUCUGGUCGCCACAAGCAAGAAGCGUCAUUGUUUGAAGAAAUGCUUCAGGUUUCAAAUGCCGUGAACCCCAAUAAUAUUAUUUUUGUCAUGGAUGCGUCUAUCGGACAAGCAUGUGAGGCUCAAGCAAGGGCAUUUAGUGAAACUGUUGAUGUCGGUUCCGUGAUAAUAACUAAGUUAGACAGUCAUGCAAAAGGCGGUGGUGCUUUGUCAGCAGUUGCUGCUACGCAUUCUCCUGUCGUAUUUAUUGGUACGGGUGAACACAUUGAUGACUUUGAACCAUUUGAAGUGAAACCUUUUGUACAGAAGUUAUUAGGAAUGGGCGAUAUUGAAGGGCUUGUGAAGAGAGUUAAUGAAAUUGGCCUCGAGGAUAAUGAGGAAUUGAUAAAACGACUAAAACAUGGAAUGUUUACACUGCGUGACAUGUAUGAACAAUUUCAAAAUAUUAUGAAAAUGGGACCCUUCAAUCAAAUUAUGAGCAUGAUACCAGGUUUCGGACCUGAUUUUAUGACUAAAGGUAAUGAACAAGAGUCACAGUCACGGCUGAAAAAACUCAUGACAAUAAUGGAUAGCAUGUCAGAUGCAGAGCUUGACCAUCCAAAAGCGAAUGAUUUAUUUACGAAGGAACCUGGUCGAGUACAGCGAGUAGCACGUGGAAGCGGAACUGCCACAAGCGAAGUUAAAGAACUGUUAGUGCAGUACAAGAAAUUUGCAGAUAUGGUCAAAAAAAUGGGUAGUAUGAAAGGGUUGUUUAAAAACGGCGAUAUGAAUGCGAAAAAUAUAAAUCCUUCCCAAAUGCAAAAAUUAAACCAACAAAUGGCGAAAAUGAUGGACCCUAGAGUUUUACAACAUAUGGGUGGCAUCGGUGGACUUCAGAAUAUGAUGAAACAGUUGCAAGGUGCUUCUUCAGCUUUGGCCGGUAGUAAACGGAAUUGA